UCAAAAUCAGCCAAUCAGAAACUGGUCCAUUUUGGAACAAAAGCAACCCCCCUCAGUUGUCAGGUCUUGUCUUAGGUGAAUACGUUCCUAAAUUACAAUUGAUAUCAUGGCAGAGAAAUGCUCGACAAUGCAUGCGUAUUCGAGACCAAAAGCGAAAGUGAAUGAAAUACUUGAAAAUGCAAUAGUGCGAUGUUACGUCGAAGGUUUAUUAAGCCACGAAGGAUUGUUACAAUCAGAACCCAUGUUCCGAUACUUUAGUACGGAUGUAUUUAAUCAACAUCGCCAAGAUGUGCGUUUACGAGAGUUUCAAGCGCUGAUGAAACGAUGUCCACUUGUUGAACAGGUUGAUGCAGAUCGUAAACAAUAUAAGAUAGAUGUUAAACGGCUCAUAGAAAAAAUUGAAAAAAAGGAUCAGUGCAAGUCUGCAGAUGAAAUAAGUAGUUCUUCGUCUGUUCGAGAAUCUUCCAGUUUAGAGUCCCUUAUUUCUAAUCUACAAUUCUGUUCGCUGGUACGAGAGGAGGUUCAUCGCGUGACGGUUUCCGUAAACCUUACGUAUGUGAGUACUUGUAAGCGUCCAUCCGAUCCAAGUUUUUUUAUCCGAGGAAGAUCAUGCAUCAUUUGUCGGUUGAAUUUUCCAAAUGCAAUGGCAUUUCAUCGCCACCUCAAUAUGCAUGGUAAUGAGUUUACAAUGCAGGAGAGUUCCAUCUCGCGAAAGACAAAAAGUCCUUUGUUGGUUACCCUUCGUUACGAUGAAUGCCAGCUUAUGUCAACACUUGUGGUCACAAAUUUGGAAAAAUGCCAAAUUAAGGUCGACUGUGUGUGUCUUCACCAUGAGCGAUUUGAGUUAUUUGCAAUAAGUACAGCGCAAACAACGUUGCAAAGCUUCGAUAGUCGGGGAUUCCUAGUGCCGAAUAGUUUGCUGGUUAAAGCCCAUAAAUUGUACUCGUUAUUUUUAAUAUUCCGUUUAGCCAAUGAUCAACUCGAAUUUAUCGAACAGUACCACAUCAAGGUGUAUGAAAUUUCUGAACAAUCUGUUGGUCAACGAUCAAAUAAAUUGACUCAUUCAUCCAAAAACCAUAGAAGACGGAUUAGAUUAAACGAGCUCGAAGAGUAUCUUCCCCCGAAAGAACUUUGUGCGGUAGUAGCAAACAAUUUUCGUAAAUCGUCUGACUACACAGAAAUAGAAAAUCAAUAUUAUGAAUCUGUUCGUUAUCUCUGCACAACGGAUCAACGAAACCGUUUAAAUGCCGCAAAUUAUUGUCAAAUGUUUGAAAUUAUGAUUCACGUGCAGGAUUUGAACGUUCAGUGUGACUUAUCUAAUUACAAAGCGGACAGUGCUGUAGUAACUGCUACAGAUAAACCACGUGUGUAUAAAAUCGAAACAGCACAUUUCAAUGAACUGCCCACAAAUUUAGCGGAAGGUGAUAUUGUUAAAAUUACCGUGGAGAAUUCCAAAGACGGCCGUAUGGAGCUCAACGGAGUGAUCGUGCAGAUAUUAUACGAUCAUCUGAUUAUAGAAUUAGACGAAAUAGUUGAAGCAAACUGUCGUGUCAAAAUAAAAUUGUUAGCCAAUCGAAUCGUCUGUCGACUGGAGCUGCAAGCGUUAGCACUUGUGAAACGGGAUGAGCUGAUGCUGUUUCUAUUUCCUGAACAAAUUCCAAAAGAAGCGAAACCUGGAGUUCAAAUCACAAGUUGGUUCAAUCUUAGCCUCGUGGAUAACCCAGAACAGCAGACUGCUGUCACUAACAUUGUCAAUCGAUCGUCCUACCCGUUACCGUACAUACUCUUUGGUCCUCCUGGAACUGGAAAAACGACCACUCUCGUUGAAGCGAUUAUUCAAAUUUGCUCGAAAUUCCCGACAAGCCACGUGCUGGUGACAACCCAAUCCAAUUCCGCUUGCGAUGAUAUCACCUUACGACUGAUGAAAUAUAUUCCUCAAAACCAGCUGUUUCGAUUUUUCUCUCGCUCGGUUGAAAAGCGAAUCGACGAGCUUCCGGAAGAUCUUAUACAGUGCUCCAAUUUUGUUGAUGGUAGACAUCGAUGGCCAUCGUGGGAGGAUAUAUAUCGGGCACGGGUGUUGAUUUGCAGUUUGUCUAUGUGUGGACGGUUGGUACAAGCUUGUAUUCGCACCAAUCACUUCGAUUAUGUUUUUAUUGAUGAGUGUGGCAGUGCUUCAGAACCAGCUUCAUUGGUUGCAAUAGCGGGUCUAGUCACUACUAAAAAGAAACUGAACGCAAGUGUAAUAAUUGCCGGCGAUCCCUAUCAACUUGGACCGGUAAUAAGAAGCGAAAUAGCCGAUAAAAUGGGGCUCGGUAUAUCCAUGUUAGAACGUUUAAUGAAUUUACCUGUGUAUCAAAAAUGUCCGAACAAAAAUGUGUAUAAUCAACAGGUGAUAACUAAACUAGUUAGAAACUUCCGGUCGCAUCCGGCACUGAUAGAAUUCGCAAACAAGCAAUUCUACGAUAGUGAAUUAAUUUCUGUGGCAUCGAAGGACGAAGUGUUAUUGGCAGAAAACUGGAAGUGGCUCCCAAACAAAAGCUUUCCAAUCAUCCUCCACACCGUAUUUGGAAACAACGAACAAAUCAACAACAGCAAAAGUCUCGCCAACUUCAAAGAAAUCGAAACUGUAGAGUUUUACCUGGAAUUUAUCAUGCGAGCGGGUGUAAAUGGACGAAAAAUUUCACAGGAUGAAAUCGGAAUCGUAUCACCGUAUCAACUGCAAGCACAACAGCUACGUCAGAUGUGUCUACGCAAAGAAUGGCCUUCAAUUGAAAUCGGAUCUGUCGAACAGUACCAGGGUCGUGAAAAGCUUAUUAUUAUACUGUCAACAGUGCGUUCGCAUACAUCUGGUGUUGGAUUUCUGAAUAAUGUAAAACGAUUAAACGUGGCCAUGACUAGAGCUAAGGCAUUGCUCAUAGUUAUUGGUAACAGUUACACAUUACAGACCGAUCCAAACUGGUACGAAUUCAUCGAAUACUGUACUAAAUAUAAAGCAACUGUUGGUCGUUGUUUCAGUUUGAAACCAUCUAAAAUUGUGCUGCGUUCGAAGCGGGAAGCAAUGUUCGAUGCGCUGUUCAACAGUCUUGUGUGAUGCGGUGUUUCUUUACGAAUUUCAAUUAACUGUUUAAUAGUAGGACCAAACAAACCGUUAUAGAAUGAGAAAUACUAAGAAUCCGUUAUUUAACUAAGAAAAACUUCAUGUAGAAAUAAUUGACUGAUUCGUGAAUAUAACAUAUUACCUUUGAUUGAAUAUUUAUGUAACUGAAAUUAAAAGCAACAAGGAAGUUGGGCAACAUUGAUGGAAGAAAUAACUAAUCCUUGCUCGUAAUUUUAAU